GGUAAAAAUCAAUAAUUUAUACUUAGUUUGUGAAAUCGAUUACUCUUUGAUUUGCUCGGAAAUCGUAAUCAACUUUCAGUUUCAACUUAGUGCAACACUAACCAAUCAAUGGCGUCACCGUCAAUGACCCAACCCGCUACGUGCAGUCUGUAAUUUUCAACUAUAAUAAAACGUGGUGAAAUUGUAUAAAUCUUUGUUUUGUAAUUGCUGCAACAUUACAAGGCCACUGUAUUUUGUCGAGGUUGCUAUGGUCAGAAUAAUUUGCCGAUCCAAAAGUAGCUUCCAUUAAUUUGUUUUGAAAUAAAAUUUGGUUACAAUGCAAACAAUCAAGUGUGUUGUGGUGGGUGAUGGUGCCGUGGGUAAAACUUGUCUGCUGAUCAGCUACACAACUAAUAAGUUUCCUUCUGAAUAUGUGCCCACCGUAUUUGAUAACUAUGCGGUCACAGUCAUGAUUGGUGGAGAGCCUUACACUCUGGGUCUCUUUGAUACUGCUGGUCAGGAAGAUUAUGACAGGCUAAGACCAUUGAGUUAUCCUCAAACAGAUGUUUUUCUCGUCUGCUUCAGUGUAGUGAGUCCUAGUUCCUUUGAAAAUGUUAAAGAAAAGUGGGUACCAGAAAUAACUCAUCAUCAGCAGAAGACACCAUUCCUUCUAGUGGGAACACAGAUAGAUUUGAGAGAUGACCCCGCCACAAUGGAGAAGCUGGCCAAGAUUAAGCAAAAGCCGGUGUCAUUGGAACAAGGGGAGAAGCUUGCAAAGGAACUGAAGGCUGUUAAAUAUGUUGAGUGUUCCGCAUUGACACAGAAAGGUUUGAAGAAUGUGUUCGACGAAGCCAUACUCGCAGCCCUAGAGCCGCCGGAGCCGGCCAGGAAAAAGAAAUGUACCCUUUUGUAAUGUGGUUGAGUGGUGUUCCACCAACUCACUUUGAGCGCUGUCUUUUACCAUACCACCCAAAAACUGUAAUAUUCAACUUAUUUUUAUAAAACUUAUAAUUAUUAAACAUUAUGCCAUACUUAAAAAUAAUGAAUAUUACAGCCACUAUAAAGUGGAUUUUAAGUGAGCAUCGUCAGCAACCAACAAAUGUGCAAGCAGUUGUCUUAUUCAUGACUAUAAUUACUAUAAUAAUUACUAUAAGUGCUCAUUUGAGUUAAGGUAUUUUUAUCCUGUAUAAUCUUUUGUAUAGAAAAUAAUUUUAAUUUAUAACGAGACAUAAUCGUUGAUUAGUAUAUCAGUGAAUUGUAACUGACCUGUCAAUUGAAAAUGAAUAAUGGCACUGCCAGCAAGAUUGUACUGUGACACGGUCUUGUUUUAUGCACAAUACCCGCUAUGAACUGUGGACUGACGAAGGCGUGGUUACACUGAGUUUACUUUAACCAUUCUCUACGUUAUACGACGUUUACCCAUCAAUUCACAGGAUUUGCUUUUUAGUAUUAUUUGAAUUCCGCGUCGGUCAUUAUUGAUACACAUUUGUAUAGAGUUUUUACUAAGAAGACAAAAAGCUGUUUAUAAUGUUAUAUGGAGUGAGAGGAGGUGAUAUGUGCAUCCCCUUCGUGCUUCUUUACGUAUAUUAUAUACUGUAUACUCUUUGUAUGUAAACUUCAUAUAGGUGAGUUUUUACGCAACAUUAUAUGCGUAAUGCUAAUAAUCAUUAUAAAAACUUGUCAUUAUAAAACGCACAGUGAGUGGUUUCACACAAUUUUAUAAGGAAUGUAGCACGAUAAUACUCCACAGACAAUGCUAAUAUAAAAGAGAAAACCUGUGUGUUUUAGGCGGAACGCAGACGACCGCCUUUUCCGAAGUUAGUCCGAUAAUCGGUGCCUGAUUUUAGGGCGACUCCAGUAUACUUCCGCCAGACCUAAUGUAUGUGUAGUUUAAAAUCUUUAAGUUAUUUUUAUUAUAUUUUUGUUAACUACAAUAAUAAUAUGCCAGUGGUUGUCUGCGUUGCACCUUAACAUUAAAUCUUGCACCAAUUUUUACCUAAAGUAUGUACUCUAUAAUCCCAUCAGAAACUAUUCUGUAAAAACUGGCUGACUUCAUAGAAGAAUAAAGUUACAUGGAUUAGGGAAGUCUGAAAGCAAAGCAUGCAAAUUGGUCAUUUUUUUUUAUUUUUUACAGAAUUUUUUGAUGGGCUUUCAUUUAUCAAUUUAGUAUAAGGUAAAAUAUGAAAUGGUUAAUUUUUUUAUAAGUAUAUUUAUAAAAUUAUCCAAGUUUUUAUUGGAAAUCGUAAAGCUUUGGGAUUUAUGUGUUGAAAUUUCAAUUAUUUUUAUGUUGAUGACGUGCGCUUCGGAUCCUUUCUUCGGAUCCUUCGGAUCGGUCGCGAAAGAACUAAAUAAAAAUAUUACAAUAAAUGUACAUCGAUCCAGGUAUAAAUUGCAUUAUAAUUACGAAAAGGACUUGUAAUAGUAUUUUAUUUUUUAAAUAGAAAUUAGAUAUUUCCCCGUAAUAAAAAAACGUCAUACCAUUUUGUAAUAAAAUUAUAAUUGCUGUGAGCUCAUGUUAAUGAAAUUUCCCAUUGCAGUACAAUUUUGAACAUCUGCAGAUCACAUAAUUUUUUUUUGUAAUAAACGUUCUUUGUCUAUUCUAAUUAUAUUCUUCUGAAUCUUUUUAUUUUCACUUUAGAUUUUUUCAUAUAUCAGUAUUGUAUAAAGAUACCAAUAUAAAUAUACCAAAUUUCAAAUUUUUAGCUCUCUUGGAAGUCAGUUUUAUGUUUUAUUAAAAUCAUAAUGAGCAGCGACGUGAAGAAUUUUUGAUGCAAAAUUUUUUGGUAACUGCGAUAGAUAGAAACUUGAAAUUUGGCGUGAUUCAGAGUACUCAUUCGAUUGAAUAACGGAAUGAGUCUUUAGCGCAGAGUUGGGAGGUGUCUAACAGCGAAGUAGGCCGAUGAAGGGUGCAUUUUCGCGCAUCUAGUACCACGGCGAUGCAUACAGAUAAAUUACUUGGAAUAUUUUAUAAUACUUUAGUGUUAAAGUAUUAAAUAUAUUAUAUUACAACUAUUAUAAUUGUGUGCUUAUAGUAGUUUAAAAUUUGUGUGAUAACUCACGUGAGAUGAUCUAAGGCCAAGGUUGUACUUUUGUAUACAAAAUAAAGUUGAACUCAAAGACUAGAUCAUCGGUGACUGGAAUCAAACACGUUUUGAACGCUUUUGGUUAUUAUAAUGUAUGGAGUGGAAGAUUUUGUAUGGAAAUUAAUAUUGUGUAGAUUUCCGUUUCUAUGCAUUCGUAUUUAUUUAGCAUUCUAUAUCAAUUACAAUACUGAGCAUUUAUUUUCUUAACACGGAUCAUAUCCUAAAUUAUCCUAGCAUGUUUUAGUAUAGCCAAUCGCUACUAAAUAUUAUAUUGAUUUAUUAAUAAAUAUAAGAUUCAACAGUA